AUAUUUCGUUAAUAAAGGCAGACGGAUAUAUAGAUUUGGGUAUACAUGUAGUUUAUAAGUUUGAAUGAUAGAGAACAAAGUGUUGCUUUAAAAACCAUGGAACCUGUGUCAAAGAAAUUAAAAGUUGAGGAUAACAGUUCAACUUCUUCUCCAGAACCGUUCACACAGAAAGGGUCACAUGAUGAGGAGGUUACAUUAGAUUUUGGAGAGGAAAAACUUUACGUCCCGCAAUUUUUUUUAUGUUUAGCCUCACCAGUAUUCGAGUCGAUGUUUAGAAAUGAGUUUAGAGAGAAGAAAGAGAAACUCGUGGCGAUGACUGGGAAAUCAUAUGAAGACUUCCUUGACUUCCUGCUGUGUAUUCAUCCAAGAUACCAAAAAGAAGUAAAUAAACUGAAUGUGCUUCGUAUUGUUCCCUUAGCUGAGGAGUAUCAAGUGACUGCGAUUGUAACAAAAUGUAAGGCUGUUAUGAAGUCGAUGUUGUCAAAAGCCGAAAACAAAGGGUCAGGCGCACAUAAAGACUCACAAAUUGAACCAUUGAGUGAAUGUUUUAAUGUAUUGAAGUCCGCGGUUUCUUUUAAUUUCACAGAUAUAUCGACCCUAGCUGUAAAAUCUAUUGCAAAAUUUGGAUAUUGUUGGUACAAUGACGUUGAUUAUGAUAAGUUUGUUAUAUUCACUACGUACGGUGGAAACAAGCCGGACAAAGGAGAAGCCCGUAAAGAAUGUCAAGCUCUUUUUGAAAGUCUUCCACUUGAAACCCGCUACAACAUUCUUUCAGAAAGGUUAAAGCAAGUCAAUGACAAUGGUUUCAAGUCAUAGAUAGUAACCAAAAAGAUUUCACACAGUCAUCGUGACGAUACUGUUGAAUUGAGUAUUUUAAAGAAACAAUUCACUGAACUAUAAUACAUUGUUUGUUUGUUUCAAUCAUUUUACGCCUUUUCGCAACAGUAUUUCAGUUAUAUAGGCGGGUAGUUUCCUAACCAUCGUUCCUGGAGAGUCCAGGUACUAGACUACCUUCCUCCGCGCUAAACUACCAAAGCAUCUCCCGGGGAUCGAACCCAUGCCAGAAAGGUAACUGGAUUAGAAGUCAUCGACUCUAACCCUUCGACCACGGAGGCGGUUUAUAAUGCAUAGAAAUGAUAGUAACUUUGAUCGUCAAAGUAAAAAGAACAACGACAUUUACAUUGUAAUGUGAUAUAAUUACACGUGUGUAGAUAAUAAAGCGUAAAACGAUUAUGAGAAAAAAAGCUUCAGAGAAGUAAGAAAAUUUUAUUUGAACAAAAAUGUCUUAACUAAUAGUUGAUGCUAAUUGUAAAAAUCAAGAAACAACGAAUUUGUAUUUUACACAUUGUCUUUCAUUACAUAUAAUAUAUAUAUAUCAAAAGUUUCGGCUGAAGAUAUGCGAAGAAAGCAUUGAAAGCGCUAAAGAAUU